CCAACCGUGCACGUCCGAGUACCGCUUCAAAUUUGGCGGGGGUUCGUACCGGCUUUCCCUGGUAAUUUGGGGAACGUCCCGCUUGAGACUUGUUCAUUCAAAGCUCACCGAUUCUUUCUCCACUUCUUGCAUGCCACAAUCUCUCUCUCUCUCUCGGAUACACACACAGAGAUACACCUGUAUCGUCAGCUUAAUUCUGUGUUUUUUGCGAUUCUAACAUCAACUAGUCUGCGUCGAUCGAUCUCGCCAUGGAUGAAGAAUACGACGUCGUAGUUCUGGGAACUGGCCUCAAGGAAUGCAUUCUCAGUGGCCUCCUCUCUGUCGAUGGCCUCAAAGUACUGCACAUGGAUAGGAAUGAUUACUAUGGAGGAGAGUCCACCUCCCUUAAUCUAAACCAGCUUUGGAAGCGAUUAAGGGGCAGUGACACACCUCCAGCACAUUUGGGCUCAAGCAGAGAAUACAAUGUUGAUAUGAUUCCUAAGUUCAUGAUGGCUAAUGGUGGCCUGGUUCGUACUCUUAUCCACACUGAUGUUACUAAGUAUCUGAACUUUAAAGCUGUUGAUGGUAGUUUUGUGUACAACAAAGGGAAGAUUCACAAAGUACCAGCUACUGAUGUGGAAGCACUUAAAUCCCCACUAAUGGGAUUGUUUGAGAAGCGCCGGGCUCGAAAAUUCUUCAUUUAUGUGCAAGACUAUGAAGAUAGUGAUCCAAAGUCACAUGAAGGGCUAGACCUGAACAAAGUUACAGCAAGAGAUCUUAUUUUGAAAUAUGGACUAGAUGACAAUACUGUUGAUUUUAUCGGGCAUGCAUUGGCACUCCAUAGAGAUGAUAGCUACUUGGACCAGCCUGCCAUAGAUUUUGUAAAGAGAGUUAAGCUAUAUGCAGAGUCUUUAGCUCGUUUUCAAGGAGGAUCUCCAUAUAUUUAUCCCCUGUAUGGACUGGGAGAACUGCCUCAGGCAUUUGCUCGUCUAAGUGCCGUUUAUGGUGGCACCUACAUGCUCAGCAAACCACAAUGCAAGGUAGAAUUUGAUGAAGAUGGAAAAGCCUUUGGUGUGACAUCAGAAGGAGAAACUGCGAAAUGCAAAAAGGUUGUUUGUGAUCCUUCAUAUUUGACUGACAAGGUAAAGAAGGUUGGCAAAGUAGCUCGUGCAAUAUGUAUAAUGAGUCAUCCCAUCCCUAAUACCCAUGAUGCUCACUCAGUCCAGGUUAUUCUGCCUCAGAAACAGCUUGGCCGUAAAUCAGACAUGUAUCUGUUUUGCUGCUCCUAUUCUCAUAAUGUAGCUCCAAAAGGUAAAUACAUCGCUUUUGUUACAACAGAGGCAGAGACUGAUAACCCUGAAGAGGAAUUGAAGCCUGGCAUAGAGCUCCUAGGACCUACAGACGAAAUAUUUUUUGAUACAUAUGACAGAUACGAACCCACUAACCAGAAUGCUGUUGACAACUGUUUCAUAUCCACUAGUUAUGAUGCAACAACGCACUUUGAGUCCACCGUAAAAGAUGUGAUCACCUUGUACAGCCAGAUAACUGGAAAGACUCUUGAUCUUACCGUUGAUCUAAGUGCUGCCAGUGCUGCUGCUGAAGAGUGAAUCUAUGGCUACAAGAAAUGGAAGAAGAGAUUUAACAAAAAAACAUCCAGGUCCUAUUUUUUCAUAAAUUCCAAAUUACAGUGGUCCCCAAUACAUUUUGUCGUUGAUUUUUGCAACAGACUAGUUGUCCGUGUGUAGUUCCCCAAAACCUGAAUUGCUUCUCAACAUUACUCAUUCCUUCUGCUUGUACUGAGCGCGAGUUGGUUGAAAAAUUGAUUUGUUUUUGUCAAAGCAUUUGCUUAGUCAAUAUUACAUUGAAG